AUGACUCUACGAGCUCUCGGCUUGGUGCUGUUUCUCUGGACCUGCGUCUCGGCAAUACCUGAAGCUGAUCUAAAGCUGUCACUGCCGUUCCCUAUAAAGUCGCACCCACUUCAAUUACCGUCGAGUCUCUUCGCUGCCUCAGAGCGACUACCGCUGGAUGCCCAUGUGGUCAAUUCUUCGACGCUCGGGCAUCAGAAGCUACUGGCGGACGUGCCGUUCCCCACAGGCGCUUGGUGGACGAAUUUGGUGCUGGCUGAAGGCAAAUCAGCUAUCUCGUCCCUCCCGUACAUCUACAAGAUUAUUGGCGAGAAGCUACACGUGAGCUACCCGUUCCGAGUCGUGACGUCCAAGGAUAUUGUCGAAGGGUUUAUAUCUCAGAUGGUCGUGAGCUCCCAGCCGUCGAGUCCAUCGUCGGUUUCGUUGUCGCACCACGUGGUAGAUUUCGACACCUUUAGCACUACUGUGCGCUUCAGUCGAGGUCAGACUGAGGAGUUCCGCGUCUAUCUUGUGCGUGGUUCUCCAUACAUAACAAUGGAAUUUCGAAACAGUCGUCCUUUGAUUGAAGCCAUGGACGGUAUGCAGAUUGUGCACUUUAAGAAGCUGCUAGGACUUGAGCUUAUGAACGGAGACAACGUGCCGUUUGCUACUUUUGCGGUGGAACUAAACAAUGGACAGACGUGGUACAUUUUCGCGUCAGACUCGACUUUAAGGCUCCAGCUGAACAACAAUCAACAAAUAACGAGCGAUGAAGGCUUUACGGGCGUGCUGAGAGUAGCUCUAUGUCUUGAUGCCAAGCUCUGGCCAUUUUUGCUCGAGUCGGCUCCCGUAUACGCUAUUGGGGGCAAAGUGGUGCACAAACAGGACCCACUAGACCCGGAAAAAGCUCUUCUUGAGUUUCAGUGGAAGACGAAAAGCUUUUCGACUUGUUGCGGCCAAAUGGACGGAACCAUGGCCAGUGAGAACGACAAGUUGUUGAUGCUCACGCUGCCACAUCACAUGGACGUGAUGCAAGUGCAGAUAGGCACUGAAACGCUGAAGGAGGAGAAGAAUCGGGUGUUGCCCGAGCUGAGGUACAUCAGUAUUCGCGGCCCCAUGCAAGGCAUCUUUGGAGCUGUGUGGCACAUGAGAGAGACACUUACGCCUGUCGAGUGGAACUAUGCUAAUGACGGACUAUUCAGCGAUAAUUUCAGUGAUUGCUCGGUCGAUGGCAAGCAGCAACGACUUGACAUGCGCAACACAGUCAAAAAGGCUAUCCUACAAGAGCUACCCAUUGAUGCUGGUAAGUAUCCCCAGCCUUUGAGCCCAGAUGCAUACAACUUUGGCAAACAAGUGAGUCGAGACGCGCGACUGCUGAUGAUCGCAGACAAGUUUGAGCUGGAGGACAUAAAGCAAAAGCUGUUGACAAAGAUCGAGAUGGAGCUGGUCGAUUGGCUCAAUGGAACGAACGCCAACCACUUUGUCUAUGACCAGACGUUCGGGGGCGUGAUUACAAACGAUGGUUGGCAUAACAAGGAAGCUGACUAUGGCAACGGCUAUUACAACGACCACCAUUUCCACUACGGAUACUUUAUUUACGCACUUGCUGCGGUUCGAAAAUUUGACCCAGACUUUAUUGCGGAUCACUUGCAGGCUUGUGCGCUGCUCAUAGGUGAUAUUGGAACGCCGCUGAUGAACAGUCAGACGUCUUUUCUCAACGAACUACCAGCCCAACUGCUAUUCCCAAGUGCACGCCACAAAGAUUGGUUUGUCGGUCACUCAUACGCGAGCGGCCUGUUUCCUAUGGAAGUCGGCAAGUCUCAAGAAAGCAGUAGCGAAUGCAUUAACGCCUAUUACUCGCUCGCGCUCUUCUCUUCCCUGGAUAAAGACGCCAGUGAUGGACAAAAGCACGGCUCAUAUCAUCAAUUUGCGCGCCUGCUGCUUGCAACAGAGAUACGCUCAGUGAAAAAGUACUGGCACAUGCGGCAGAACUCUAAUAUCUACGAGCCUGUCUUCUCCAAAAACGCUAUGGUGGGUGUCGUUGGCGAGCUGAGUGUUGUGUACAGUACGUGGUUCGGCGAUCGCGGCGUCUACGUCCACGGCAUCAAUAUGCUUCCUUUCACACCCGUUACACCACAAUUACUAGACGAUAAAUUUGUCGCGCGCGAGUACGAAAUAUUGAGUCAAGAUCUUCCGGAUCUGGACCCACACGACAUAUGGCGCUCUAUCGUCGUGAUGGAUCACGCAAUCUUGAAUGCGGAAGAAGCUUGGGAGGAGCUGAUGAACACCGUCGAGUCGUUUGAUACGUGGUCAUCACGCACAAACGCCAUGUAUUGGAUUGCAACUCGACCAUCAUGGUUCGAACAAAAGAAUCGGCCGGAGCUGAGGGCCCCACCCGUCGACACUGACAACAAAUGCUUUGGAUACCCAGCUUGUGCUUCGGCAGGAGCAAAUGGCACGGCACUAACGUGCUGUGAUACAUUGCCUGGAUGCUGCCCGAGUGCACUUGGUUGUUGCCCACAAGAUGAGUCCAAUGUCGUUCCUGGCAAUGCGUGCUAUGGUGAACAUGAAUGCGCCGUGCUAGGACUGAGUUGCUGCAACAGCAUUGACGGUUGUUGCGAGCCUGACCCUAUUUUGGGCACCGUGCUGGGAUGUUGCAAAAAACAACAUUUGGUGGCGAGCAACAUGACCCCCAAACCGGCCGAAAAGCCCAAGGACUCAGCUUUUUGCUAUGGCGAACCGGUGUGCGAAGCAGCUAAGCUUGACUGCUGCAAUGCACCAGGAGGCUGCUGCUCCAUUGCUGGAAGUAAAUUGGGCUGCUGCCUAUCAGACAAGACUUCGACAGCCGGAUCAAGUACUUCUCACUCUGGAAUGGGUGAUUGCCAAGGGCAGGCUUUGUGUGCUGCUGCUGGGCUGGAUUGCUGCGGGUGGGACGUGGGUUGUUGCAGACCUGACCCCGUGACCGGUGCGAGGCUUAACUGCUGCCACGUUGUGUCUGCUGAGGAGCCCUCAAGCAAAAUACGUCCAGUCCAUAUUGGUAAUGGCGAGGAGAAUGAUGGCUCAGAGGACAGCCCAGGCGGGGUCAACACUGGUAUUACCCGCAUUUUGAUUGGGCUAGGGAUGGCGAUCAUGCUUGUUCUGAUGGUGUACGCCGUAGGCUUGUGUUAUCGGCGCCGUGGCUACUCCAACAUCGACGGUGACAUGCGCGCGCUCUACUGUGCCGGAUUGAUGGUCGGCAUUGUAGCCUUCUUCAUCUUUCUUAUCAUAACGUCUUGA